AUGCUCGGCGCAGAGAAUCGGCCGCGACGCGCAUUCCCGGCAUGGCACGACCAUGGCAAGGACACGGAGGAAUCACCGCUGCUUCUCCCGACAUCACCGUCCGACGCGGCAAGAAGCUCCGGCACCGCCAGUCCGCGACCGCGCGCCGCGCCCACCCACCUGACUGUCACCCUCGCCGCCAGCGCCCUCAUCCUGAUACUCGACGUCGUCGCCAGUGUGCCCAUGACGCCCCGGCUCGUCAUCUUUGAGCAAAUCAUAUGCCGCACUCAUUAUCGGGCGUGGGGGCGCGACGAUGCCAUGGGCGACUGCAAGGUCGCACCCGUCCAGGCUGAGCUGGCCCUGGUCAACGGGUGGAAAGAAACGUUUGACACUGUCCCGGGCAUCCUCGUCUCUAUUCCUUACGGUAUUCUAGCAGAUCACAUCGGACGCACAAACGUUCUCAUGUUGGCUCUCUUUGGCACCCUGCUGAGUGAGUGCUGGAUAGCCAUUGUUUGCUGGCUACCCCAGACCCUCCCGCUGCGCAGUUUGUGGCUCUCCGGCGCCUUUCAGCUCAUCGGCGGCGGCGGCGCGACCAUGACGUCCAUGUGUUAUACCAUGAUUGCCGACAUGUGUGCGCCGGAGCAAAGCAUUGGCGCCCUGGCAGCAACUUUAAUCGUGGUAGUACUGUCUUUCGGUCGCUUCCUUCCUUCCUCGCCCGCAAAAUACCAGUCGAUACCCGACAACGACACUGAGAGCAAUGUGAAUGAUGGUACAGAUACGCACAUCAAUUCUGAAAACGGUUCCGCCACAUCCAGUCUCGACCAUCGGCAGAAACCUGCCGUCUCGAAGCGUACCCGUGGCUUCGGCCCCUGGCUAUCAAAGGAUGUAUUUCUGAUGCUCAUCGCGUUCUUCUGCUGCCAGCUUAGUCGUCAAUUCUCAAGCGUGCUUCUCCAGUUCAGCUCCUUCAAGUUCCACUGGGACUAUGCAAAGGCUUCCUACCUUCUUCCUCUCCGCGCGGGAAUCAACCUCGUCGUGCUAUUUUACGUGGUACCGAAGCUCCUCCGGUACUUGACCUGCAAAAGGGGUCUCGUCCAGUGGAAGGCAGACAAGUACGUCACGUUUAUUAGCAGUGUCUGCCUAACUAUCGGAUCCAUCUUGAUCUUCCUUUCGUCGCAUCCUCUUGGUGCCGUGAUAGGACAAAGCUUCAUCGCCCUGGGCUUCACCUUUACCGUCACGGCUCGCAGCUUACUCACGGCCAUGGUUGAGCCGCGAUAUGUGAGCUUGCUCUACACCAGUGUCACGUCGGUCACCUAUGCUGGCCUUGUCGUUGGGGGGCCGGUUUUUGCAGCAGCCUUCCAGUGGGGGCUGAAGAUUGGGGGGAUUUGGAUUGGAAUGCCAUUUCUUGUCACUACUGCUCUGUUUCUUAUUAUAACUGUCAUAGUCUACGUAGUCAGAGUAAACUAA